UUGUACUACGACACCAAGAUGUACACUGAAUCUCUCCAACUCGCUUCAACUUUGCUCAAAGAACUCAAAAAACUCGACGACAAGAACCUUCUUGUUGAAGUGUUGCUUUUGGAGAGCAAAACCUACCACGCACUGAGCAAUUUGCCAAAAGCCCGAGCUGCUCUUACCAGUGCCCGAACCACUGCAAAUGGCAUUUACUGCCCUCCGAAGUUGCAAGCCGCCCUUGAUUUGCAGUCUGGCAUUCUUCAUGCUGCUGAUGAGCGAGACUUUAAAACGGCUUUUUCGUAUUUUUACGAAGCCUUUGAAGGAUACGACUCAAUUGACGCCACUAGCAAAGCGAUGGUCGCCCUCAAGUACAUGUUGCUUUCGAAAAUUAUGCUAAACAGCCCCGAAGACGUGCAAGCUAUUACUGUGGGCAAGUUGGCUCUCAAGUAUUCCGGAUCAAACAUUGAAGCGAUGAAAGCCAUUGCAAAGGCAAGUCACAACCGCAGUUUGCACGCUUUUCAGGAGUCUCUAAAGACCUACAAGACUGAGCUUAUUGAUGAUCCUAUCAUUAAUGCUCACCUCAAAUCACUCUACGACACUAUGCUGGAGCAAAAUCUGUGUCGCAUCAUUGAGCCUUAUUCCCGCGUUCAGGUCGCUCACAUUGCCUCUUUGAUCGAGUUGCCCAUUGACGCAAUUGAGAAGAAGCUGUCUCAGAUGAUUUUGGACAAAAAGUUCAGCGGCAUUCUCGACCAGUUUGAUGACGUGUUGAUCAUUUUUGAAGACCAGGUGUCGGACAAAACUUACUCUUCGGCUCUUGAGAUGAUUCAUUCUAUCGGAAAAGUUGUGGACUCGCUGUACCAAGAAGCCAAGAGACUGUCAUAA